AUGGUCCAUUGGGCUACACGUCUGGUGACAUGUGUCUGGAUCCAGGCUCUUGUGACUGUUGCUAUGGACACUUGUCCCUCUACAGUUCCCAGUGCUGUAGACUUCACGAUACACUACCCCAUGCCCUUUUUUCAAACUCAAAACCCAAUCCAGAACAUUGUGACCAACUCCAUAUUCAAAGAAGUCUAUGUGGCGUCUCAGAAUGUCAUUGAGGCAGUGAACAGCACUCUGGGUAAGCUCUGGGAACUUCGCACUGGGCCAGUGGGAGGCCCUCAGUGUGAGAUCUGUGACCUGUGUGACAUCAAAAAAGAUCCCACCAUUCCUGAGGACACUGACAGUGAGGUUCUUCUGCUGGAUACUUUUCUCAUGUACCUAUACUCUUGUGGCAGCUCUCAGAAUGGCGUAUGUUAUUUCCACCAGCUCAAUGAGGGUGGACGUCCACCCAGUCCUUCAAAGUGUUUAUUCAGAAAGGAGUUCAACUCCCCUGCGUUCUGCCCUGACUGCAUCGCGAGCCCAUUGGGCACUAAGGUAACCAUGGUCGAAGAAGGCCAGACCGUGUAUUUCUUUGUGGCGGCGACGGUCAACGACAGCGUGACCCAAAGGUACGGACGGAAGUCCAUUUCAGUGCGGAGGCCUUUAGCGACGGAGGAUGGCUUCUACACCGAUGUCAGAAGUCUGACCGUUCUGCCAAACAUGCGGAGAACCUAUCCCAUCGAAUAUGUCUACAGCUUCUUCACACAGGAGUUUGUGUAUUUCCUGUCUGUGCAGAGAGAAAGCCCAGAACAAGGCACGUCUCCGUACCAGACACGGCUGGGACGCCUACCGCGACACGAGUGGGAGGUACGGCGGUACCGAGAGGUGGUUCUUGAGUGCCGGUUUGAGCCCAAACGGAGGAGAAGGAGCACGGGAGGUGAGGCGUUCAAAGAUAUAGUUUAUAAUGUGGUCCAAGCAGCCCAUUUUGGGAAGGCUGGGAAGGAACUAGCAGAGGAACUAGGGGCUGAGGAGGAGGAUGACAUCCUUUACGGCGUGUUUGCCGUUACCGACGAGUUGGGCAUUCCCGAGCAUGACUCAGCACUUUGUGCCUUUCCCAUGGAUACUGUGAACAAGGCCAUAGAUGACGGGGUAGAAGCCUGCUGCAAGUCUGGACCAGAACAGCUCUCCAGAGGGCUGUGCCACUUUCAACCCUGUGAGAGCUGCCCGCAUGAGAGCAUGGAAAACAAUGCCACAUGCAGAGACCAGCCCACCCUGGUGUCUAAACCGUACUACAGAGUGGACCUCUUCAACAGACAGAUGCGGGAUGUCCUGCUCACCUCACUGCUGGUCACCGGCAUCGAGAAUAAGACUGUGGCGCAUAUCGGAACGUCAGACGGGCGACUUCUGCAGCUUGUCCUGAGAAGAUCGAGCCCUAUCAUCUUUGCAAACUACUCAUUAGUGGAGAAUGAACAAGUCUCCUCCACUGCUGCUGUGCUUUCUCCAGACCAUUUACUCUUUGUUGUUGGAAACAAGAUGAUCCAGGUGCCCCAGAGGGGACCAGGCUGUCGUCACUUCCUGACCUGUGCCACAUGCCUCACUGCCCCCAAAUUCAUGGGCUGCGGCUGGUGCUCUGGAGAGUGUACUUGGCAGGAUGACUGUCCUGGACAUUGGAGCAAUGAAUCAUGCCCACCUGGCAUUAUAGAGUUCUUUCCUAAGACAGCGCCACCCGAUGGUCAGACAGAGCUGACUCUGUGUGGCUGGGAGUUUCAAUCUCCUCUGAGGCCUCCUAUUACGAGCAGAACCCAUGAAGUGAAGCUUGGAGAGACAGCCUGUGUGGUGUUGCCAAAGAACAGCAACAGCACAAGUCUCAUUUGUAAGAUCCGUUCUGGGGCAACAGAGCCGUUGUUUAGGCCAGUCAACAUCACCGUUAAGGUGCAUGAGGGCAAAGUGGAGGGGCGUUACUCGAUUGACGGAAAAGCCGAGAUGCCUGGAUUCACAUUUGUGAUCCCAAAUAUCACAGAAGUACAGCCAGACUAUGGCCCUGUCAAUGGGGGAACUCUAAUCACCAUCACUGGUCCUCAUCUGGACUCUGGUAAAACCAGGAGAGUUACUCUGGAUGGACAACCUUGUACAAUCAAAAGCGUGUCAUCUGGCCGGGGGAAUAUAUCGUCGAUAGUGUGCGAGUCCCUGCCGGUCAGUGAGGUGAAAGACGUGGUCCUCAGGGUGUACAUAGACAAGUCCCGCGUGGUCACCACCAAGGUGUUCCGCUACAAAGAGACCCCCGAGAUCACGGCUGUCCUCCCAGACUGCAGCUUUGACAGAGGAUCCAGAAUUACUAUUGAAGGCAAGAAUCUGGACUCUGUUUACAAAACCAUCAUCCACUUCAAGCCAAAUGAGAGCCACCUUAAACCUGUCUCCACUGAGUGCAGAGGAAAGGCGAAACCCACUCGGAUGGAGUGCAUCGCUCCUGCGUUCCACAGGGAUGAGUCGGAAGUGGGUGAGCUGUCCUUCGACAUGGACGGAGCUCAUGGCCUCUGGAAGCAAGAAUUCUCCUACCACCCUUAUGGCAAACCCAUACCAUUUGAAACAGAAGGACACGUACUACAGCUCUAUCCUGGAUUUGAUGAAGUCUCUUUACACCAUCAGAAAUUAAACCUUGUGAACUCCUGCAUGACAAUCACCAUGACUGUUGGAGGAGUUGACUGUGGCGCUAAAGUUCUGGACAAUGAAAUCACAUGCAGAAUCCCCAAAAACCUCACUAUACCCAGUGAGGGCCUGCCCGUGAAGAUCUCCAUCAACGGGCAAGUCCAUGAGGUUGGAACUGUGAUCCUAGUCAGUAACCACUACAUGGUUGGCAUUGUGCUAGGCAUCCUGGGAGCUUUGGUCGCUGGGGCAGUUCUGGCCUUUGUUGUCAUGAAACACCUGAGAAAGAAGAAGAAGGCCUCCCUCGCUGAGACUCGUCUGUCUCAUUAUUCACACAACCAUAAUCGCACCAAUAGCAGCGACGCGGACCUGUCCCCUGUCGGCGACUACAGACGAGGUGAGACAAGGACAUCACCCAACUCCACCAGUGGUCCGGUGGUGUUCCCGGGCCUGGCAUAUGCUGGAAGCCUGGAUCCCACACUGACUCCUCUGAUGCCCCCUGAAAAGAUCUCCAUAUCCAGUUUUCGUCCUGAGCUCCUGGAGGAAGUGAAGGACGUGCUGAUUCCAGCCUCCAUGCUCAAUGUUCAGCAUCACCAGAUCAUUGGCAAAGGUCACUUUGGGACAGUUUACCACGGUUACCUUACUGACCACAACAAUAGAGAAAUCCACUGUGCUGUGAAAUCGCUUAACAGAAUAACAGAUGUGGAGGAAGUGGAGCAGUUUCUGAAGGAAGGCAUUCUGAUGAAAGGCUUUCACCAUACUAAUGUACUCUCUCUGCUGGGCAUACUACUCCCUCAUGAAGGGCUCCCCCUGGUGGUACUGCCUUAUAUGAAGCAUGGUGACCUCCGACACUUCAUCCGCUGCGAGAACAGGAAUCCCACCGUGAAGGACCUGAUUGGAUUUGGGCUUCAGGUUGCUAAGGGAAUGGAAUAUUUGGCACAGAAAAAGUUUGUUCACAGAGAUCUGGCUGCACGCAACUGCAUGCUGGAUGAGUCAUACACAGUCAAGGUGGCUGAUUUUGGCAUGGCUCGAGAUGUCUUCGACAAAGAGUACUACAGCGUUCAGGACCACCGCAAAGCCAAGCUGCCAGUCAAAUGGAUGGCCAUAGAGAGUCUACAGACACAGAAAUUUACGUCAAAGUCUGACGUGUGGUCGUUUGGGGUUUUGAUGUGGGAAAUGCUGACCAGGGGAGCAAGUCCUUACCCAGAGGUUGAUCCUUAUGACAUUACACAUUAUCUGCUGAAGGGCCGUCGGCUGCCCCAGCCCCAGUACUGCCCAGACCUGCUGUAUGCUAUCAUGCUACAAUGCUGGGAUCCUGACCCAGAGAGAAGGCCUAGCUUCACCACGCUGGUGUCUGAAAUCCUGGCUAUUCUUUCUGGUCUGGAGGGGGAGCAUUACAUCAGUCUGAAGGUGACCUAUGUCAACCUGGACCAGCCCCGGCCAUACCCGGCCCUGACCGACUCCGCCGACGAGUAUGACUCCUCGGAUCUGGACGAAAGCGGCUCCGUCUCCUCCUGA